CUCAUGGGGCAUUCUGAAUGGGAUCACAAACGAGGACCCAGAGGAUCACAGUCUUCUGGUACCAGUAUCACAGUGGAUAUCGCUGUCAUGGGAGAAGCACAUGGGCUCAUUACAGACCUUCUAGCAGACCCUUCAUUGCCUCCCAAUGUGUGUACUUCGCUGAGAACAGUGAGCAACCUGCUUAAUACGCAGUUAACCUUCCAGGCCAUCCACAAACCAAGGGUGAACCCUUUGGUGUCCUUCAGUGAGAACUACACUUGCUCUGACUCAGAGGAAUGUCCAGAGAAAGGGGAAAAACUAGCUAUUCCCAAGCGCUUACGGAGAAGUUUGCCUCCAGGACUGCUGAGACGAGUGUCCUCCACUUGGACCACAACAACGUCAGCCACAGGUUUACCUACACUGGAACCAGCCCCAGUGAGAAGAGAUCGCAGUGCCAGCAUCAAACCUCAUGAAUCAUCUUCAUCCAGCACUGACUCCUGGAACAGCUCCCUUAUGAUGACAAUCACAAAGAGCCGCUCCUUCUCCACAUCUUAUGCCAUGUCUCCUACCAACCACCUGAAUGCCAAAAGGCAGAGCCGGCAAGGUAUCCCACCAAAUAUUUCACCUCUCACCUCCCCAUGCCAUUCACCUAUUCAGGGGACGCCUGCUACAAGUCCUACCGGAAAAACAUCAUCUGUGUCAUUUCCAGACUCUACAGAUACUGACAUGAAGCAAGGUUUAAAGCCACACAAAGUCUUAACUGCUACUCAGAGUGCACCUAGCCUGUCAGACCCUAUCAUCAGCCCCUCUGUUAUCUGCAGCAGCUGUGGCAGACCCUAUAACCAAAUAGAAGCUGGUGAUGGGACGCUAGAUAGAAGUGAUGGUACCACAAACUCCCUGAAUAGAGCAGAUGAUCCUGCGCAAGCCACUUCUGACUAUGAGACCAACAACAGUGACAGCAGUGAUAUCGUACAAAAUGAUGAUGAGACAGAUUGCUCCAAAGAACAGACACGGAAGGGAUCCGUCUGUAGGACAUAUGCACCUGAGACCAUCAUUCUGCAUCCCUUGAUAGCACCUGAGGACAAGCCUGUGCUUGCUCCUGAGCCUCUGGUUAUGGACAACUUGGAUCCCCUGAUGGAGCAGCUAAACAGCUGGAAUUUUCCAAUCUUUGAUUUGGUGGAAAAAAUUGGAAAGAAAUGUGGUCGUAUUCUCAGUCAGGUAUCAUACAAGCUUUUUGAGGACAUGGGGCUGUUUGAAACCUUUAAAAUUCCAGUGAGGGAGUUUAUGAACUAUUUCCAUGCCUUGGAAUGUGGAUACCGGGAGAUACCUUAUCACAACCGAAUCCAUGCAACUGAUGUUCUGCAUGCCGUUUGGUACCUUACUACUCAGCCCAUUCCAGGACUGCCAACUGUGAUUAAUGAUCAUGGGUCAGCAAGUGAUUCAGAUUCUGACAGUGGAAUCACUCACGGCCAUAUGGGUUAUGUGUUUUCGAAGACAUACACACCUACAGAUGACAGCUACGGAUGCCUAGCUGGCAACAUCCCAGCCCUCGAGUUGAUGGCUCUUUACGUAGCUGCAGCCAUGCAUGAUUAUGACCAUCCAGGAAGGACCAAUGCCUUUUUGGUAGCAACAAGUGCUCCUCAGGCAGUGCUGUACAAUGACCGCUCUGUUCUGGAGAAUCACCACGCUGCUGCUGCCUGGAACCUUUUCAUGUCGAGGCCAGAAUACAACUUCUUGGUCAACCUUGACCAUGUGGAAUUCAAGCAUUUCCGCUUCCUCGUCAUUGAGGCAAUUUUGGCUACUGACCUGAAAAAACACUUUGAUUUUGUUGCCAGAUUCAAUGCCAAGGUGAAUGAUGACGUUGGGAUUGACUGGACUAAUGAGAAUGACCGCUUGCUGGUUUGCCAAAUGUGCAUCAAAUUGGCUGACAUAAACGGGCCUGCAAAAUGCAAAGACUUGCAUCUGCAGUGGACAGAAGGCAUUGUCAAUGAGUUUUAUGAACAGGGUGAUGAAGAGGCUAGCUUGGGCCUGCCUAUCAGUCCUUUCAUGGAUCGCUCUGCUCCUCAGCUGGCACACCUCCAGGAAUCUUUCAUCACUCACAUUGUGGGACCACUAUGUAACUCCUAUGACUCAGCAGGGCUGAUGCCAGGAAAAUGGAUAGAAGAUAGUGAUGAAUCAGGAGACACUGAUGAGCAUGAAGAGGAAGAUACAGCAGAAAUGGAAACGUGUGAAAAUGCUGAAUCCAGAAAGAAGAAGUUCAAGAGGAGGAAAAUAUACUGUCAGAUCACUCAGCACCUGCUCCAGAACCAUAAAAUGUGGAAGAAAGUAAUUGAGGAUGAGGAGAGGUUAGCUGGGACAGAGAAGCAAGGCGCAGAGCAAUCCACACUGCACCAAUCUUCAGAACAAAUUCAGGCCAUCAGGGAAGAGGAGGAGGAGAAAGGGAAGCCCAAGAGGGAUGAAGAGGAGGACACAACUGUAGAACCAAACCAAUGACAAUAUUUACAGCAGUAUUUUAAGACAGAUUGACUUGUGCACAAACUCUUUCUCAAGCCAGCACAGCAUUUAGACACAACACUGUAGAAGUAUGGGAUUAUGCGCCUACAGCUGUUUAAUGUGUUUCUCUUUCCUUUUUAUGGUG